AUGGACGACCGGGGUGAGCAGAAACUACGCUGGCUGCAACCGAAAACGUACCCCAAACGGGGGCAACAUGUCGAGACGAACACCGAAGAGGAGAAACCAUCGACUUCAGGCUACCUCGGACACAUCUCACAAGAUUUCAUUCAAGCGAUCAAUUCGAGACAGUUGUCCAGAGAUACUCUGCCUUGGACGUACAUGGACCGACGAGUCUUCCGCGCCACUUUCGACCAAGCGGCCCUGACCGAACUCGAUCUGGAUGGAUAUCUCGACGCACUGAGACACAUCACCUCCACGCAUCCGAAGCAUCAGGUUCAUGUCCAACAACUUAUGGUAUGCGUGGAGGAAGGCGCACAGCGAGCAGAGGUCUUCUUGACGGUGAAGACGAUGGGUUUGCCCGAUGAUGGGCUGGUAACUGAGGGGAUUGGGAUUUUGAAAUUCUUGAAGUCAGAUGAGGAGUGGUGGUGUGUGAGAUAUAGGGGGAUGCGAGGGUCGUUGGGCGCGAAUGAUGUUGGUGGUUGA